GCGAGGGGGAGCGGCCGGGCGGAGAGCGCGAUUCGUCCCGGGGGUGGGGCCGGGCGCGGCGGCGAGAGGAGACCGAGGUGGCCGCGGCGGCAGCGGCGCUGUAGCCCCGAAUCCGGCCCGAAGCGCGGGGCGGCAGCGCAGUUUCCCGCUCCCCUCCGGGUGCGCCGGCCCAUGGCGGCCGCGGGGCGGCUGUGGCUGCUUUACCUGUCAGUGGGGCUCCUGCCGCGGCUCGGCACCGCCUUCAACUUGGACACCCGCGAGGACAAUGUGAUCGAGAAAACCGGGGACUCCGGGAGCCUCUUCGGCUUCUCGCUGGCGAUGCACUGGCAGCUGCAGCCUGAGGACAAGCGGCUAUUGCUCGUGGGGGCUCCCCGCGCAGUGGCCCUUCCACUGCAGAAGGCCAACAGAACAGGAGGCUUGUACAGCUGCGACAUCACCUCCCGGGGGCCGUGCACGCGAAUUGAAUUUGAUAACGACGCUGACCCUUCAUCGGAAAGCAAGGAAGAUCAGUGGAUGGGAGUCACUGUCCAAAGCCAGGGUCCAGGCGGCAAAGUUGUGACGUGUGCUCAUCGAUAUGAAAAAAGACAACAUGUUAAUACGAAGCAGGAAUCCCGAGACAUCUUUGGAAGGUGCUAUGUCCUAAGUCAGAAUCUCAGGAUUGAAGAUGAUAUGGAUGGAGGAGACUGGAGUUUUUGUGAUGGCCGGUUGAGAGGUCAUGAAAAAUUUGGUUCUUGCCAGCAAGGUGUAGCAGCUACUUUUACUAAAGACUUCCAUUACAUUGCGUUUGGAGCCCCAGGCACUUACAACUGGAAAGGGAUUGUUCGUGUAGAGCAAAAGAAUAACACUUUUUUUGACAUGAACAUCUUUGAAGAUGGGCCUUAUGAAGUUGGUGGAGAGACUGACCAUGAUGAAAGCCUAGUUCCUGUUCCGGCUAACAGUUACUUAGGCCUGCUGUUUUUGACCAGCGUUUCCUAUACAGAUCCCGAUCAGUUUGUUUAUAAAACACAGCCUCCCAGGGAGCAGCCCGACACAUCCCCUGAUGUGAUGAUGAAUAGCUACCUAGGCUUUUCUUUGGACUCGGGGAAAGGUAUUGUUUCCAAAGAUGAGAUCACUUUUGUAUCUGGUGCUCCUCGAGCCAAUCAUAGUGGAGCUGUGGUUUUGCUUAAGAGAGACCUGAAGUCUGCACACCUUCUCCCUGAGCACAUAUUUGAUGGGGAAGGGCUGGCUUCUUCAUUUGGCUAUGACGUGGCAGUGGUGGACCUCAACAAAGAUGGGUGGCAAGAUAUAGUUAUUGGAGCCCCACAGUAUUUUGAUAGAAGUGGAGAAGUUGGAGGUGCAGCGUAUGUCUACAUUAACCAGCAAGGCAGAUGGAAUAAUGUCAAGCCGAUUCGUCUUAAUGGAACCAAAGAUUCUAUGUUUGGCAUUGCGGUCAAAAAUAUUGGUGAUAUUAAUCAAGAUGGCUACCCAGAUAUUGCGGUUGGAGCACCCUAUGAUGGUAAGGGGAAGGUUUUUAUCUAUCAUGGAUCUGCGAAUGGAAUAAAUACCAAACCAACACAGGUUCUUGAGGGUAAAUCACCCUUUUUUGGAUAUUCAAUUGCUGGAAACAUGGACCUUGAUAGAAAUUCCUACCCUGAUGUUGCUGUUGGUUCCCUCUCAGAUUCGGUGACUAUUUUCAGAUCCCGGCCUGUGAUUAAUAUUCAGCAAACCAUCACAGUAACACCCAACAGAAUUGAUCUCCGUCAGAAAACGCUCUGUGGGGCGCCUAGUGGGAUAUGCCUCAAGGUUAAGGCCUGUUUUGAAUAUACUACUAAACCCACCGGUUACAAUCCUUCAAUAACCAUUGUGGGCACUCUGGAGGCUGAAAAGGAAAGAAGAAAAUCUGGGCUGUCGUCAAGAGUUCAGUUUCGAAACCAAGGUUCUGAGCCCAAAUAUUCGCAAGAGCUCACUCUGAACAGACAGAAACAGAAGGCAUGCAUGGAGGAAACCCUCUGGCUCCAGGAAAACAUCAGAGAUAAACUGCGUCCCAUUCCCAUAACUGCUUCAGUGGAGAUCCAGGAGCCAAGCACUCGGAGGCGAGUGAAUUCGCUUCCAGAAGUUCUCCCAAUUCUAAAUUCAAAUGAACCCAAGUCUGUUCAUACAGAUGUGCACUUCUUAAAAGAGGGAUGUGGAGACGACAACAUAUGUAACAGCAACCUUAAGCUAGAGUAUAAAUUUUGUACCCGAGAAGGAAAUCAGGACAAGUUUUCCUAUUUACCAAUUCACAAAGGUGUACCAGAACUAGUUCUAAAAGAUCAGAAGGACAUUGCUUUAGAAAUAACAGUGACGAACAGCCCUUCUAACCCAAAGAAUCCCACCAAAGAUGGUGACGACGCUCACGAAGCUAAACUCAUUGCCACUUUUCCAGACACUCUGACUUAUUCUGCAUAUAGAGAACUGAGGGCUUUCCCUGAGAAGCAGUUGAGUUGUGUUGCCAACCAGAAUGGCUCGCAAGCAGACUGUGAGCUUGGGAAUCCUUUUAAAAGAAAUUCUAGUGUUACUUUUUAUUUGAUUUUAAGUACAACUGAGGUCACCUUUGACACCACAGAUCUGGAUAUUAAUCUGAAGUUGGAAACAACAAGCAAUCAAGAUAAUUUGGCUUCAAUUACAGCUACAGCAAAAGUGGUUAUUGAACUGCUUUUAUCCGUCUCCGGAGUUGCUAAACCUUCCCAGGUGUAUUUUGGAGGUACAGUAGUUGGUGAGCAAGCGAUGAAGUCUGAAGAGGACGUGGGAAGUUUAAUUGAGUACGAGUUCAGGGUAAUUAACUUGGGCAAACCUCUUAAAAACCUCGGCACAGCAACCUUGAAUAUCCAGUGGCCAAAAGAAAUUAGCAACGGCAAAUGGUUGCUUUAUUUGGUGAAAGUAGAAUCAAAAGGAUUGGAAAAAAUAACUUGUGAGCCACAGGGUGAAAUAAACUUCCUGAAACUAACGGAGGCUCACAACUCAAGAAGGAAACGAGAAAUUGCUGAAAGACAGACAGAUGAUGGCAGAAAAUUUUCUUUAUUUUCUGAAAGAAAAUAUCAGACCCUUAACUGCAGCGUGAACGUGAACUGUGUGAACAUCAAGUGCCCGCUGCGAGGGCUGGACAGCAAGGCCUCCGUGGUUCUGCGCUCGAGGUUAUGGAACAGCACGUUUCUGGAGGAAUACUCCAAGAUGAACUACUUGGACAUUCUCGUGCGGGCUUCCAUUGAUGUCAUUGCCGCCACCGAGAAUAUCAAGCUGCCCAACGCAGGCACUCAGGUUCGCGUGACUGUGUUUCCCUCAAAGACUGUAGCUCAGCAUUCAGGAGUACCUUGGUGGAUCAUCCUCGUGGCCAUUCUUGCUGGGAUUUUGAUGCUUGGUCUAUUAGUAUUUUUACUGUGGAAGUGUGGAUUCUUUAAACGCUCUAGGUACGAUGAUAGCGUUCCCCGAUACCACGCUGUAAGGAUCCGGAAAGAAGAGCGAGAGAUCCCAGAUGAAAAAUACAAUGAUAACCCUGAAAAAAAACAGUGGAUCACAAAGUGGAAUGAAAAUGAAAGCUACUCCUAGGGAGGCCAGAAAAGCUUCACAGUAUCCAAACUACUUUAUUUUUUCCCCAACCCAGACACUCAGAUGGAUUGAAAAACCUGUUCAAUAUCUGAAUACUGAUUUCAGACAGACUGCACAACAGUACGGGCCUACAGUUUUAACUGUGGACAUUGUUACGUAGCCCAAGGCUCCUGUUUUGCACAGCCAAAUUGUUGGAAUGGAUUUUUCUUUAACUGCCUUAAUUUAACGUUCCGGGUCGCCUUUGUUUUUGACUUACUUGUGCUGGGGAAGGGCCUGCCCGGUUACUCUUACGCGACAUCCUUCCAAAGGUGUAGCUGGAAGAAGGCACCAUGACCCCUGCGCCAGAGUGACCGUCCCAGCCUUGGCACCACCUCUGCCAGCGUUCUUCUCAAAGGAUGGGAGAACAUGCCAGUUAACUGUCCUGCAUCACAACCCUAUGCCAUCAGGGUAACUGUGUUCAAACUAAAGUGCUCCCAUAAAUUAAAUGUGCAAUAGAAGGUAAUGUUGCCAUCCUGCCAUCUUUUUCCAUUUCCUAGAUGUGUGAAUACCUGCUCAUGCCAAAUACACACGGGUUUCAUUUCCCUUUCACUAAAACACACAGGCAUAACAGAUUUGAAUGCUAGUUAUACUUAUUUGUAUAUGGUAUUUAUUUUUCUUUUUUACAAACCAUUUUGUUAUUGACUAACAGGCCAAAGAUUCUCCAGUUUGCCCUUCAGGUUGGAUUAAGCAAUCAGAAUCAGAACAUAAGAGGUCACUGGUUGGACCUCAAUUACUGACUGCCUAAAGAACAUAGUAAGUCUUUAUAAAUAUAGCAGAGAGUUGUUAUACUUUACAGAUAAAGUAUAAGUUUAAGUUAUUAACUGCCUUCAUGACAGCACUCAUCCUCUCCCUCCAAACCCAAAACAUUUAAGAAAUAGAAUUUAACUGUGAGAUGUUUAAUUCUUAAACACAGAAGAUAUUUUUUAGUUUAGAGCCCUGUGUGAUAUUUCUGAUUUUCCUGCUGUAACCAUCAGGAACUCUUGGAAAUAAUGGGAUUGUUUGUUGGACUUUAGUGCAGUUUAGUCACUGCUGAAAAUAUUGUAUAUUCAGGACUUGAAAGAAACGGUGAGUGCUGAUGGUGGACCCAAACCGAUCCAGUGUAAGACUACUGAAUACCUGAUACCCAAAGUCUGAACGUCGUGGCUUUGAAGUUUUAAAAUAUUAUUGGAAUCAUUUAAUCAAUGAGUCCGUGCUCUGUUUUUUACUUUGUUUCCUCCCCUGUCUGUAUCCCCCAAAAUACUUUAACUACUCUGAAAAGAACUUUAAAUUGUUUAACUUUAAAGAUGAAGGGGAGGGAGGAGGAAGUUAUUAUUAUAUACAUUCAAUAGAGAUUGAAUAGCUGGAAAGCUAAAUUUUAAAAAAUUACUGUACUUCAAAAUGUUAAGUUACGGGGGCACAGCAACAAACAGGUGCUAAUUUGUUUGGCUGUGGGUAUAAGUAGCGUCUCAAAGGCUUUUAAAAGAACAAAAUACAGCUAUAUGUGACAUUGAUGCUUUUGCGUUUUUUUUUUUUUUUUUUUUCCAGAAAUCUUAUGCCCUUAAGAUAUUAGUUGUGCUUUGGAAUUUUCAAAACAAAAAUAGUUUUACAAAUGAUAUUUUGUUUACAGAAAUUUCUCUAAAAUAGGUCAUAACAAUGUUUAAAAUCUCAGUUUCUUGCUUAGAUAACUUGGAACCCAGUGCACUGGCUUAUAGGUUGCUGAGAAGCUGAUAUUUUGAAAGUGUUUAUAGACCUUUGUUAUAAAAAUGAAUGUCCUAAAAAGGGGGGCGGGGCGCAAGGGUGGUUCACCAACAAAAGAAACACGAAUGUAGUGGUGUUUAUAGUUGUUAAAAACGUCAUCUCAAGUCAAGUCACUGGUCUGUUUGCAUUUGAUACAUUUUUAUACUAACUAGCAUUGUAAAAUUAUUUCAUGAUUAGAAGAUACCUGUGGAUAUUUGUAUAAAAGUGUGAAAUAAAAAUUUUUUUAUGAAA